AAACUAGGUGAGCAGCAUGCUGGUGGACAGCAACCGCGAGGGUAUGGAAGAAGGGUGCCAACCAUCCCCUCCUCACAGCGCUGCUAUGAUGACACAGCACUCGGGCAGCUCUGAAAGCAUGCAGUGCCAGCCUAUAGUAUCAGCUGUUAUGCCGGUCAGUGGUUACCACUCGCCUACCGGACUUGAGAAUAAAAACGCAGGUCUCCUAAUGUGUUCGCCAGCAAGUACCCUGGAUGGUUUCCUGCACUCUCCUAUACAACAUCAUAUGCAACGCGUUGAUUCCAGUUUCAAAGAUGAUACAAGCUACGACGCUACUUACCUCGAAUACAUUGGUAGAUUCCAAUACGUGCUGGCGGCUGCGACCUCCAUCGCCACGAAGCAGAACGAAGAGAGCCUUACCUAUCUCAACCAGGGACAACCUUACGAGGUCAAGCUGAAGAAACUUGGCGAUCUUUCGCAUUAUAAAGGGAAAAUUUUGAAGAGUGUGAUCAAAAUCUGUUUCCACGAGCGCCGGUUGCAGUUCAUGGAGCGUGAACAGAUCGCGCAGUGGCACGCAGAACGUCCCGGUGAACGAAUCAUAGAGGUGGAUGUUCCCCUCUCCUACGGCCUAAUAAGAGUCGAACAACCAGCCUGUCUGAACGCUUUACACGUGUACUGGGACCCUACCAAAGAUGUCGGGGUAUACAUCAAGCUCAAUUGCAUAUCGACUGAGUUCACUGCAAAGAAGCAUGGCGGCGAGAAGGGAGUGCCCUUCCGCAUCCAAGUGGAGACAUACCUCACAGGGGAUGAAGAACGACUUCACGCAGCCGCUUGCCAAAUUAAGGUUUUCAAGUUAAAAGGCGCAGACCGCAAGCACAAGCAGGAUCGCGAGAAGGUAAUGCGUCGUCCACGAGCAGACUUGGACAAGUAUCAACCAGGGUGUGAAGCCACGGUGCUUACUACAUUACCAAACGACGCGUUGCUGCCACCGCCGUCUCUGGUCACCACUUCACCGCCAUAUUCAUCUGAAAUGUG